CAGUGCACCAUGCACUGUGCUACGUGGGCUUGGCACAGUGGUUUUUGGUGUAAAUUCCUGCUUUGCCCAAUUAUGCAGCGUGUGUUAGCUGAAGUAGGGGUGUUUUUGUGCAAAAUCAAACUACCUCAGAGGGGAGGGGAGAGUUGGCAUGAUGUGUGUGUUUGUUCGGAGAAGCUGGUGUGCUGUAAGUGAAAUUUCACUCAGGUCGCACACGAGGUCUGUGGUGUGAUGUGCUGGAGAAGAUGGCUGCCUUGUUGGUUGAGGUGAGAGGAGAACAGCUGUUUGUAGCAGUGUGUGGGUUUGAAGCAGGAAGAAAAGGAAGCAACGCUGUGGCAAGGUCCUACAGCUCUGCUGCCCCUUCCUGCUGUUACAUUCUUGCGUAGAAUCUCCUUGACCCUCUGCUCCUCUACCCUCAGCCCGCUCCUUUUUACACGGAGCGUUCUCAGUGUUUUAUUUAAAAAUCCAAAAAGGCUGAAGCAGGAAAUUCACCUGCUUCUCAGCACAUCCUGUCCCUACUCUGUACGCCAAAAUAUUGGAAGGUUGAAUAGCCCAGCAUCCACUGGGGGGCAGCAGUCGGAGUGAAUUUGUUUGGCUAAUGCCUUUUUUUGUUUUCCUCCCCAAAAAAGCUUUCGUUUAAGGUAAUUGUAUUCCCGGGGAAAGGGGAGGUGUGGGAUGAAGGUUUACUUCUGGAACACCAAUCAGGUGGUAAAAGCUUGGAAACGGGAAUGGCAGAGAUACCAGAAUUACCUGAGGGUGCAGCCCUGUCACUGGGCGAUGGCCACAAGUCAGUUUUGUGUCUGGAGGGUUGGAUGUAUUUUAGCUCAUAACAUUAUAGAAUGAUGGAAAUGCUCCUUUGACAGAGGGAGCUCAGGUGUUUCUUUUUUACCAGUAGAGAUACGACAUGAAGUGCCCUUCUCAAGAAUGAGAAUGCUCAGAAUGCUGCUCUGUGAUAUUUGGAUUGUCAUCGUGCAGUUGCUAACUUCUUAAUCCCAGGUCAGCUCUAAGAAAAAUAACCAAGUGUGCAGAGGUGGGGUCACACAUUAGCCUGCUUUCUCAGUAUUGGGAAAUACAAAAAGAGCUGUUAAGCCGUAUUUAAUAUAGUAGAGGUUUAAUAAACAAAUGAAAGAUCAGAAGUUGAUUUCUAGCAUAAGCUAUUCCAGGCAGGCUUUUAAUUCCAAGGAGCAGCAUUGUAAGACAAAUAGCUGCCUGGGGUUUUAGGGCUGGAGUUAGCUGAUGUAACCAGGAGGAAUAGCUCUGUGAAGGAUGUUAGGCUUCAUCUGGACGCACAGCCUAAAAGAAGUUGACCCUAUUUCUUUCUCUCCCGUUCCUGGAUGAGGAAUAGCUCCUGGCUGCGUGAAGCCUUUCAGCCUCGGGGAGCCACUUGUUGGAUGCAUUGAAGCUUGAACGGGGAAAUACCUUUCCUGUUUUCUUUGUGCAGCUGUAUCAUCUGAUGGAUCACAAGCAGCCUUGGACAUGCAUCAGUUUGAGGAAGAGCUGACGUGCUCCAUUUGCUACAGCCUGUUUGAAGACCCGCGCGUCCUGCCUUGUUCGCACACCUUCUGCAGGAGCUGCCUGGAAGGUGUCAUUCAGCUCUCGAGCAACUUCUCCAUUUGGAGGCCCCUGAGAGUUCCUCUCAAGUGCCCCAACUGCAGGAGCGUGGUUGAGAUCCCUGCCUCGGGCACCGAGGCGCUGCCCAUCAACUUUGCGCUGAAGGCCAUCAUCGAGAAGUGCCGCCAGGAGGACGGCUGCGACGUGGCCACCUGCAGUGAGCACUACAGGCAGCCCCUGAACGUCUACUGCCUUCUGGACAGAAAGCUCGUGUGCGGCCACUGCCUUACGAUAGGGAAGCACAACGGCCAUCCCAUCGAUGACCUUCACAGCGCCUACCUAAAAGAGAAGGAGUCUUCUGGGAAGAUUCUCGAGCAGUUAACUGAUAAGCACUGGUCCAACGUGUGCUUGCUUAUUGAAAAGCUGAAAGAACAGAAGUCGCAGUGUGAAAGCGUCGUACAAGAUGAUAAGAAGGCAGUGGUGCAGUACUUUAAGAAGCUCAGUGAGACACUGGAACAUAAAAAACAAGUUCUGCUGGCUGCGCUGGAUGAAAUCAACAGACAGAUUUUAGAAGAAUAUGAACCUCACAUUGAGAACUUGAAAAAAAUAAGAGAAGAACAGCUGGAAUUAAUGUCACUGAACACUUCUAUUCAGAAGGAAGAGUCUCCACUCGUUUUUCUUGAGAAGGUGGACAAUGUGCAUCAACGUAUCAAAGCUCUGAAAGAGAAGGAGCUGCCCGAUGUUAAAGCCGUGGAGAUUUACCCGCGGGUUGGACACCUGCUGAAGGACGUGUGGUCUAAAACUGAAGUCGGUCAGAUCAACAAGAUCCUGACUCCGAAAAUAAAACUGGUUCCAAAAAGGAAACUGCGCAGCAAGAGCAGUGAAAAGGAAGGAGGAAAACCUGAAGAACUUCUCCAGGCUGCAAAUCCUCUGUCAGUCACCGUUAUUCUCACAGUAAUCAUAGCGAUAGCCGUGCUCUCAUUGCACAAACCGCUGUCAGGGGUUGUCAUUGAAUCCAUUCCCACUUAUAUUUCAGAUUUCUUGUUCUUUGUUUAUCAAGAUUUCUGCACCUGGUGGCAGAACGCAGUGGAUGUGGUGUGCCAGAAAUUGAAUUUACUGGCAGAGUUUUUAGGGAGAAUUGCUCCUAUUUGACUGUGUCAGCAAUCAGAAAGAAACACCACGAUGUCUUUGAAGUUUCAAUUGAAAAGCCAAGUUGUUAGAACUGUGCUUUUUCUUUCUUUUCCCAUAUCCUUCCUUUUUCAGUACAGCUUUCCUCUCAGUUCACAGUUAGGCAGAGGAGAAGGUUCACGAGGAAGAGGUUUUUCUUCUUCUGCUCACGCGUAAGGGGGGAAAGCAGGUGUUUAAACUGGAAGCCAUCAGAAAG